AUGGCCUUGCUCGCGCAAGCGAGCAUCGCCGCUCACUCGGUGCCUGCCUACCCCAACAGCGGCAACAGCUGCAUGAACUGCAGUGCCGACAUGAAGGACAACAUCCCGGCUGGAGGGUACGUGCAGUUUUUGAAGCAAGAUGGGCUGAGAGGCAAGAAAAUCGGCGUCCCCAAUGGCUUCUUCCAAGGAUACGGGGAGGCGGAACUGAGGGUGUACCAGCAGCACCUCGACACAAUGAGGAAUCACGGGGCCGUGGUGAUCGAGAACCUUGACGUGGCAGCCAAUUUGACCGCUCUGGCGGUUGAUAUUGCUUCCAACGAGUUCAUGGCAGUGCGGGCAGAGUUCAAGCUGAGUCUGAACGCGUACCUGGCAGAUCUGAGCUACUCCCCGGUCCGCUCGCUUGCAGACGUCAUAGCUUUCAACAAUGCAAAUCCUGUCCAGGAGAGGCUGAAAGAUUUCGGACAGCGCAAUCUUAUCGCAGCGGAAAACACACAUGGCAUUGGAUCUGUGGAGAGAGCUGCGAUUCGACGGCUGGAGGAGCUGUCCGCUAAUGGGCUUGAGAGGCUGAUGAAGGAGCAGCAGCUGGACGCGAUCGUGACGCCCAACAGCAGCGCCUCCAGCCUUCGCGCCAUCGGCGGCCACCCCGGCAUCGUUGUGCCCGCGGGGUAUGGCGAGCAGGGAGUCCCAUUCGGCAUAUGCUUCAGCGGGCUGCAGGGGUACGAACCCAGGCUGAUCGAGAUUGCUUAUGCCUUCGAGCAAGCUACCAACGUGAGAAGGGCACCGAUGUUCAAGCCCUAG